AUGGGCGCCCGCGUCAGCAGCACGUGACGCCUCCCCCUGCUCCCAUUCAUCAAGGGGGGGACGGUGUCGUCCUUUCAAUUCAUUUAUCUGCAGGAAUGAUUGCUGCUAUCAGUCUCGCGCUCACCGCCCGGCUGAGGAGGUGAAAGUUUCUCCCCAGGAAGAUAAACCGCAAAAGACAAUAUUGUGCAUGAUUUGCGCCUUUUCUUUGGCUUUUUCUUUCUUUCUUUUUUUCUCCCCCUCCCCCCCUUUUUUUUUGCAAAAAGCAGAGGGGGAAAAAGGAGAGUGAAGGAGCGAGGAGGCGAGCCUGAGAGAAAGGAGAGAGAGAGAAAAGAAAGGGCGAGGGGCUAGUGGAGAAGUGAGGAGGGGCGUACGGAGCGAGGCGGAGAGAGAGCGAGCAGUCGCGGCUCCGGCGCUCACAUUCCUCUAUGCUACAAAUCCGGGAGGAAGUUUUUUUGGGGGGCUGAGAUGCUCCAUGCCUUUCCCCGGGCAGCCUUGACGCGGGGUCCUCUCGGCAGAAACUGAGCGACGAGAAAGUGAGAGCCGGGCCGGCGGGGUCCGCUCGGCGGGCGCCGGAGCCCGCUUUGCUCGCGGCCCGCAGCCGUCCGGCUUCCCUGCGCUUGGCCAGGCGGGCGCCCCGGCGCGCCGCGCCGCUGCCUGCGGGCUAGGACUUCGCGAGGUGGGUCGACUCCUCCUCCCUCCUCUUCUUCUUCCUCCUCUUCCUCCGCCUCCGGUUCCUCCUCCUCCUCCACCACCACCACCUCCUCCUCCUCCUAAUUUUCCCUCCUCGGCGGGCGAGGGUGGGGGGGGCGGGGGAGGCCGGGGCUCGCCCCGAGCAGCCACGAUGCUCCUGGACGCCGGCCCCCAGUACCCCGCGAUCGGCGUGACCACUUUUGGCGCGUCCCGCCACCACUCGGCGGGCGACGUGGCCGAGAGAGACGUGGGCCUGGGCAUCAACCCGUUCGCCGACGGCAUGGGUGCCUUCAAGCUCAACCCCAGCUCGCACGAGCUGGCCUCCGCGGGCCAGACAGCCUUCACAUCCCAGGCUCCCGGCUACGCGGCUGCGGCGGCCCUGGGACAUCACCACCACCCGGGCCACGUCGGCUCCUAUUCGAGCGCAGCCUUCAACUCCACGCGGGACUUUCUGUUCCGCAACCGGGGCUUUGGCGACGCGGCGGCUGCAGCCAGCGCGCAACACAGUCUGUUCGCGGCUUCGGCCGGGAGCUUCGGGGGCCCACACGGCCACACGGACGCCGCGGGCCACCUCCUCUUCCCCGGCCUUCACGAGCAGGCGGCGGGCCAUGCAUCGCCCAAUGUGGUCAACGGGCAGAUGAGGCUUGGCUUCUCGGGGGACAUGUACCCGCGGCCCGAGCAGUACGGCCAGGUGACCAGUCCGCGUUCAGAGCACUAUGCCGCGCCACAGCUGCACGGCUACGGGCCUAUGAACGUGAACAUGGCCGCUCAUCACGGCGCUGGCGCCUUCUUCCGCUACAUGCGCCAGCCCAUCAAACAGGAGCUCAUCUGCAAGUGGAUCGAGCCUGAGCAGCUGGCCAACCCCAAAAAGUCGUGCAACAAAACUUUCAGCACCAUGCACGAGCUGGUCACGCACGUCACUGUGGAGCACGUCGGCGGACCGGAGCAGAGUAACCACAUCUGCUUCUGGGAGGAGUGUCCGCGCGAGGGCAAGCCCUUCAAAGCCAAAUACAAACUGGUCAACCACAUCCGCGUGCACACGGGAGAGAAGCCCUUCCCCUGCCCCUUCCCUGGCUGCGGCAAGGUCUUCGCCCGUUCUGAGAACUUAAAGAUCCACAAAAGGACGCACACAGGGGAGAAGCCCUUCAAGUGCGAGUUCGAGGGCUGCGACCGACGCUUUGCCAACAGCAGCGAUCGCAAGAAGCACAUGCACGUGCAUACGAGCGACAAGCCCUAUCUUUGCAAGAUGUGCGACAAGUCCUACACGCACCCCAGCUCGCUGCGCAAACACAUGAAGGUCCAUGAAUCCUCCUCGCAGGGGUCGCAACCUUCGCCUGCCGCCAGCUCGGGCUACGAGUCCUCCACGCCGCCCACCAUCGUGUCUCCCUCCACAGACAACCCGACCACCAGCUCCCUGUCGCCCUCAUCCUCCGCGGUCCACCACACAGCCGGCCACAGCGCGCUCUCUUCCAAUUUUAACGAAUGGUACGUUUAAAAUCAGAAACAAAACACCGAACAAAACCCUAUUUAAGAGACUGAGCACACACGCGUAUACAACACAUAACUGAAAGAACCCUGAGCAUCAAAACAGCAUCCCCACCCACCCCCCAAUUCUGUUUUUUUCUAACCCUGCCGAUAGAACCAGGACCGAGAGAAAGCACCAAACCUUUACUUUUUUUUCUUUUCUUUUUUGGCAAAGGCUUGGUAGCCAACGGGUGGGAGGGUGGGCAUGGAGAAGGCGGCCGCCUGACCAAAUGCCGCCAACCCCGAAGGCCGGUUUCUCCUGGGAAUCGGAACAGGCUCUCUGGGAUUCGGCCUUUUUUUUUUUUUUUUUUUUGCUUUGCAUUCUUGUAAAUACAGAAUUAUUAGCUUAAAACUGUACUGUUGGAUUCUGUAUAUAGUUAUAUCUCGGUUGGAACGGGCGGGUGGGAUCGUGGCGUUGUGGUCUUUGCAUUGGGGGAGGGGGGAGGGGCCGGGCGGGAGCGGGAGGGGGAGGGGAAGGGGGGUUGGGAGGCCGAAAGCCAACUGUUUGUACUGAAUGGCAAGAAUGUUCUAGUAAAUGUGUACCAAAAUGUGAAUUACUUUGUACGAUUACAGUCUCCACGUCGACCUAACAGAAUAUUAUUGGUAUUAAUGUGCUUUUUUUGUAUAAAGUGCAAACAUUUCGUCCCAAAGUCUAAGUACCUUAGUGCAGUAAAAUGUUGUUUCACGUCCUGUCAAGAAUUCGUAUAGUACGAGCCUGGAUUUGCGUGUCAAACUGUUCCAUUUGUUUAUGUAAAGUGAUAUUAAAAAAAGAUAUAAACUAUAACUGUCCAGUUGCUUUUGGCAAAAGAUACAACCACAUAAUGUAUAUAAUUCCUAGUUUCCAUAUUUAUCCGCAUGUAAAGGGCCGGUUUAUUCAUGUUACAGCUAUUCAAUAUUUAUGGCUAGAAGAACUCGUAUGUACACUUUAGUUUCCAGACUGUUUGGUAACCUUUCGUACCUUAUUAAAGAUUCUGAAAUCUCAGUGAUUGUGGUAGGAAUUUCUUCUUCACUCCCAGCAACCUGCUGCCUCUUCUACCAGCCUUAGUGGGUCUCGGGAAAAGCUCACCAGUCUUCCCUUUCUGUCAUCGCAGGUCCUAUAAACAUGAUAAAUGAAAGCUACCCUGCUGGCUCUCCGAGAGGGUGUAAUUAGUAUUUAUAUCAAAAUUUAUGAAACAAAUUUUCGGCCACAGUAUAAUUUAAAUGACCUUUGCAGACGUAGAAUAACAACCAUAAAAAUAACAGAAAUAGAUUGCACAGGCGACAUCAAUAUUAAUGUAGGUGAACUGUCAGAAGCUCAGGGGCUGGAUCUGCAGCUUUGCAAAUGAACUUGCAGCCUAGGGUUCUGCUGUCCCCCAAAUUAAAUUCCCCCAGCUGAAACCAAGUUGCAGAUUUACAAUAUCAUAUUUUAAAUUGCCAUCUUCAAUUAAACCAUUUAUGGCCAUAACUAAUUUUCAGGAUGUCGAUGCAUGUUUUUCCAGGCCUGCCUUCUUUGUACAAAAGUAAAUGUCCAUAAAGCGUUUUACUUAUAUUUCUUCAAACGUGAUGCUAAUUUAAAUUAAUUACCUCCUAUGAUAUGUUAUUAUUCCUAUAAUUUUGCCACUGUUAUUAGUUCUCUCAAAAAUACAUCUAGGGAAGAGAAUUAUUUUAUGUAAUUUGAUUAUCUCUCUCUUUUAUUUAUUUCUCAUUUACUUAAGAAAUUCGUUCCAUUGGCUGGCGUUGAUACAGUAAAUUUGUAAAUGAGACAGUAUAAAAAAUCUAAAUUACUUGUGCUUAAUGACUGUAGCAGAACGCCUUUUCUCUAAAUCAGAUUGUCUUUCUUGCAGUUUAGUUUGAUAGAUUUGCAAGCUAUGCUGCUCCCUAGAAGUUAGCUGCACUGGUAGGAACGCAAGCUUCUUUGUCUCUGGUUGUAGCUUGCAUGAUCGCCCCAUUAAGCAGACAGCGUAGCCGGAGAUCACAAAUCAGGGUCUUGGCUGUAGCUGCAAGGGUGUAGCUGGAUGGGUCAGAGCUGGAAGCAGAAACUGACCUCACUGAAGGCCAGGAGGAACCCAGACUUGGUUGUUUAAUAUACUGUGUGUAUUCAGGAAGUCACAGGCCAUACUGAUUCUGAGAAUGAAAGCAAGAGAGGAAAACAAGAACCCCUUAAAAUACAUCUGUUCCAAAGUAUACCUUCAACCCUUUACAAAGUCAAAAUGUUAAAUUCUCUUAAAUUUGGGGGGGCUUGUCCUUUUGUUGCUUGCUCUUUGUAUUUGUCACUUUUAGUUAACAAAAUUUUAUUGGGUAAGGAGGGGAUUUGCUACACUUUCUGCCGCACAUCAGAAACCUAGAGCUGGUGGUGUUUAACUUAAAAAAAGUGUUAUUGUGAUCUAUAAGAUUAGAUACCAACCUUUCAUGAAAAGAGCGCCACCUUGCAAGGUUUGGUGAGAUUUAAGGAAGUUGGAACACCUAAGCAGGAAUUGCUGCUGGUUCUGAAAUUUUGUGAGAGUAGAAGCUGCCUCCCAAUGGCUUUGGAGGUUUAAAACUAACAGCAUAGUGUUUGAGGUGACUCCAGACAUUAGGCCCAAUAAUUAAUAAACCUAGAAAGGAAUAAAAAUAGCUCAACUUUCUAGGAAGGAAAAGUAAGCACCUCAAAAAAUAAUCCUUUCCUUUAGAAAUCAGAAUUUCUGGGAGCCUGAUAUAAUAUUCAUAAUAACAGUAGCUUUGUAACUUUGUUAGGAUGUUAACAUUUAGGAAGAUACUCAAUGAGUGCAUUUUUUCUUUGACUAUUCUUGAAAGCAGUUUACCUCAAAUUUUGAAAUAUAAAUGUCUCAUGAUUUGUUAUAUACCUGAUACUUUUAAACUUUAAUAACAUAGUGUAAUAAUGAAAUAUCAUACUGUGAUAUAAGAGUUACAUAGGAUAUUUUAAAGAUAAAUUUUAGGGAUAAAUAUUUACUUCACAACUACUUCAUAGUGUAAAAAAAAUUUUUAGACAUUGAAGGUCAAAUAAUUUUUUUAAAAAACCCACAAAACCAUUUGAGGAGUACUGUGUGUGAAUAAUCACACUCACCAGAAAGGAAUUUUUCUAGUAGCAGCCAAUAUUUAUGUCAAUUCCUCUUAUGCAUUCUCUUUUCUAACACAACAAAGAAAAAGUCAUUAAUGAUGUAGGUUGCCUAAAAUAAUGCUUCAUACUUAAAUGUAGUCUAUUAUUUUGCUGGUACCUUUAAUGUCUGCUUGUUGAGAUGUAUUCUUCAUACUUUUCUUCAUGGGCUAUUAGGUUUUGAAAUACAUGAAUGUGAACAUCGAAAUAUAUUGUUAGACCCUAUUUAGCAGGAGCUGAAGAUGCUGCAAACGGCUGGUUUCUGUGUGUAGUUGUGGAUAUUGAUUUAGGCAGAAAGUUGUCCUGGUUCAUAUUUUGACUGCAUUGUAUUCUGUUACUAUCAAAUGAUAAGAACAGCUAACAAGUUAUUAAAAAGUUAUAUUGUGUCAACAAAAAA